CUCGGAAUGGACGACGAUCUUGUGCUCAACAUCGCUCCCGACAUUGGGCCCUCCAAGCAUUCAACAUCUUCCAAGGGUGGUAGAUGGACUGAAAGGCUAAAAGCCAAACGCGUUGAAAAACGCAAAGCAAAACCCCAAUCAUCAAAGCAGACCUCAGACGAUGUACGACCUGCUAAACGCCCAAGGCUUAGUGGCGAGUCACUACCGAAAACAAAACCCAACGAUGCAGUUGAGCAGACUGUUGUGAAACGACCACCCACCCAGAUCAUCUCCUCACUCUUUUCCUACAAUCCAAAAAUCGAUAGUCCCGUUGAUUCACCCGCUCCGAAAUCUUUCAAGCGUCCAAGCAAUGCACCGCUUAAUGACUCGUCGAGUUUCUCAGGACUGGGUCUUGACCAACUAAUAUCUUCACACUUGACCAACAAGAUGAACAUAACCACACCGACCGCUAUCCAGAGGGCAGUUAUUCCUGCAGUAACCUCAUCCGAAUCGACUGCUCGAGAUGUCUUUAUCCAGUCUCAAACCGGCUCCGGGAAAACUCUAUCUUUCCUACUUCCCAUUAUCCACGACCUCCUCCCACUUAGCUCACUUUCGUACAUUGACAGAACGAUUGGCACCCUUGCUAUUAUAAUCGCUCCGACCCGUGAACUUGCUAAGCAAAUAUCAGACGUUCUGGAAGCCUUGUUGCAACUCCGGCUCCGUUCUGAAGACGAAUCCCCUGACGAUCAAGAUGCCUCAGCGCCAAGGCUCACUCGUUGGCUUGUUUCUGGUCUGCUUACCGGCGGAGGGACUCGUUCUCAUGAAAAAGCACGCCUGCGUAAGGGCUUGCCCAUCAUCGUUGCUACACCGGGUCGACUGUUGGAUCAUCUCCAAAAUACAUCUUCUUUCAAUGUUGGAAAGUGUCGUUGGUUGGUGUUAGACGAAGCAGACAGACUUAUGGAGCUUGGCUUUGAGGAGACCAUCACUGGGAUUCUCCAGGGCUUAGAUGGCAGAAGGAACCUAGCACUCCAAGCCGUUGAAGCAGGGAAAAGCAUGGAAGUCGGCGGAUGGGACUGGGAACGACGACGAAGAACUCUCCUCUGCUCAGCUACAAUUCGCGAAGAUGUUCAAAAGCUCGCCGGAAAAGCUUUGAGCAACCCAAUGAUGGUGAAAGCAACAGAAGCGGAGCCGACGAAGGAAUUGACGGAGACCGCACAUACAGAAAGUGACAAAUUUACGCCUCCCUCUCAGCUUUCACAAAAAUACGUUCUCGUUCCCUUGAAGCUGCGACUGGUGGCCUUGAUUGCCUUGUUGCGCAAUCUCAUUUCUCAGUCCCAAGCUCGACGCGGCACAAAAAUAAUCGUGUUUCUGAGCUGCACGGAUUCGGUGGACUUUCAUUGGAGCCUUCUAGGAGGCGCUUCUAUGGGAAGUGAGAAUAAUGAACCCGCAGAUGAGACGAACUCCGAGGACGGUGAUAGCGAACCAGAGUCUCAACCUAUCCACGACCAAGUUGACGUCAAAUCACCACUACUUCCAGAUAUUUCUAUAUUCCGCCUACAUGGCUCAUUACCAACUCCCACGCGUCUCGCCUCUCUUCGUGGCUUCGCUGGCAGCAAUAAAUCCACUGUUUCGUCGUCUGCUGUAUUGCUUUGCACAUCCGUUGCAUCACGUGGACUGGAUUUACCAUUGGUUCGUGCUGUUGUCCAAUACGACUUACCGACAGAAGGAGGGGCAACUGAGUAUGUUCAUCGCGUUGGUCGUACAGCUCGUGCAGGAAAGGGAGGAGAGGCAUGGAGCAUAGUCUCGCCCAGCGAAACUGAGUGGGUGAAAUGGGUUGAGGGCAAGAUGCGGGGAGACAAUGCUUCGGACAACGAGAAUCACAAUAUCUCCUUGUCUAGUGUCUCUGUCGAGAGUGUGCUUCGUGAUGGGUUCGGCGGAAAAGGGAGCGAAUACGAGGGUCGUGCAACGGAGGUCCAGCUCUCCUUUGAGCGAUGGGUCCUCAGGAAGAAAGAUAAUGCCAGUCUUGCGCGCAAAGCGUAUCUUUCUCAUAUGCGUGCUUAUGCGACCCAUCCGACCAGCGAAAAGCACAUUUUCCAUGUCCGCCAUCUUCAUCUUGGCCAUCUUGCCAAAUCAUUUGCCCUCCGUGAUGCGCCCAAAGCCGUCUCUUCUGGUGCACCAUCGCAUAAAGACAAACCCCCACAGAAGAAAUCCAAAUCCAAACCCAAAUCUGAGGAAUCGUCACCCUCGAAGAAACGCUCAAAGCGGGAGUGGGAAGCGGACCAUACUGGUGAUGCCGAACAGCGAAUGCAGAAGGUUGUGCGGGCGCAGGGUCGUUUGUCCAAAAAGGGCGGCAUCAUGAUGACCAGUGGUGUUUCAGAGUUUCAGAUUGCAGGGGGUGCGGCAUUGGAGGCACUGGUGGGAGCGCGUUCAUGA